AUGCUCGGCAUACUGGGCUGUGGGCAGUACGGGGAUGUGUACGAGGGCUACUGGGUACCCUACCGAAUGAAAGUGGCAGUCAAAACACUUAAGCAUGAUUAUCUUCAGGAAGAAACCGCAUCAGCGGAAGAUUUCGUGAAAGAAGUUGGCAUCAUGAAACGCAUGAAGCAUCCCAAUCUCUUGCAGCUUAUUGAUCCAAUCAUUUUAGGAGUGUGCAGCAAGGAACCGCCCAUGUACAUCGUCACCGAGUUUAUGGUCAAUGGCAACUUGUUGGAUUAUUUACGAAGCACCCCUCGAGAUGAUCUUGAACCAACCACCCUCCUCUACAUGGCUACUCAGAUUGCUUCGGCUAUGAUGUACUUGGAAUCGAAGAAUUCUAUUCAUAGGGACUUGGCAGCCAGAAAUUGUUUGGUUGGUGAGAACCACUUAGUUAAGGUGGCAGACUUCGGUCUGGCUCGACUGGUUCGUGAGGAGACGUACACGGCGCAGAUUGGAUCGAAGUUCCCCAUCAAAUGGACGGCCCCUGAAGGGCUAGCCUACAGUCAGUUUUCAACUAAAUCUGAUGUUUGGGCAUUCGGCGUCUUGUUGUACGAACUAGUGACGCAUGGAGAGCCCCCCUACCCGGACGUCAGCAUCGCCGACGUGUACUCGUUCCUGGAGACUGGACAGCGCAUGGACUGUCCCAGGAACUGCCCACAGAAUGUUUACCAGCUGAUGAGGAAAUGCUGGCAGUGGGAAGCCGAGAAACGACCGACCUUCAAAGAAAUACAUUCCAUGCUUGACAACUUGACGCAACCCUGUGAUAUUAAUUCAGGUUGUGAAGAUGUUGGUGUCAUGAGGGUUCAUCUGGUGCGAGUCAAUCUGCAAGUGACCCAAAAACGAAAUCCCAGACCGCAAAUGCAUUGA